CACUACUAUAUAACAAAUAAUUUGAGCUCGGGAGGAUGGACACGAAGAAGUUGUAUCGAAUGUUCCAUGAUUGUUACGAGGAGAAGAUAAAGGUGGACGAAGUGAUCACCUUUGUCCGGAGUAACGCAACUAAUGUUGAGCAACAGACUGACCUUGUUGACAUGUUUGCCGUGCUGGACAUAGAAUCCGCCACCAAGGAGGACGUUAAGGAUCGCGAGAUAUUUAUCAAGGUGUUGGAGUCCGUUACAAAACACAUCAAACACGACAUCCUUAAAGAGCGGCUGGAGUAUGACACUCUGGAACGGGUAAAGCUUAUCAGCAACAGCAAACAGUUCAACACAAAGUACGUGAGAACUAGAACGAAGUUGUUCUACAAGCAGCAGAAGUUUAACUUGUUACGAGAGGAGAAUGAGGGGUAUAACAAGUUGAUCAUGGAGCUGGCUAACCCUCCCUCAGAUGCACAGACAAUGAUAGAUCACCUUCUUAAGCUUAUUGGCAGGUUUGAUCUGGAUCCUAACAGAGUGUUAGACUUGGUACUAGAAACCUGGCAGAACUACUUGGAUAAGAGCGAGUUCUUCUUGCAGCUCGUCAAACUCUUCCCCAAACAGGACGACGCUCUUUGUAGAAUGCUUGGUUACAGCUUCGCUUUCUACGAGAACGAGCCGGACGGCACACCAGAGUCCCUGUUCAAAGUGGGCGCGCUGCUCAUAAAGCGCGGUAUCAUUGAUCUGCACGUGCUGUACUCCCACCUGGGACCGAGUUACGACCAGAUGAAAACAGAGUACAACAAGCGGCUUAGUGACGCUAGAGAGAAGGCGAAAUCCUUGGUGACAGUGUCGUUGAACAAAGACGACGCAGAGGAGAACAGUGACUCCAAAUCGUCGAGCAGCAAGAAGGCAGGUGUAGCAGAAGUAGCACUACCGGAGAACCAGAAAGUGAACUUGUGUGUAGCACUGAUAGAGUUAGGAUGCUGGCUAGAGGCAGAUGACCUGAUACAACUCAUACCUCCGUAUAGCGUGCCUCACAAUCCUAAAGGCAGAGAGGUUAUUUUUGAUCUGAUAUCGUGGAGAAUACACGAGUUUUACAAAAGUAAAGUGUCAGCAGCUAUCUCAGUUAGGCCUGUGAAGAAGAUAGAGAAUGACCCUCAAGUGAGUUGCUGGGAGGAUUUAAGUGACAUGGUGCUGACACCUCUGUUCCGACUCGGACCUUACCUCUCCAACUCCCCCGUCCUCUUCACCAAGAUCCUCCGACUUUUCAACUUGUUUAUCAAGGAAAACAAGGCAGAUAUUUGCAGCCACACUCUUGCUGGGCAAAUAAUGACGACAACGAGCGAUGUCAUCCUACCAUCCCUAUCUAUGAUGAACUUCAACUAUAACUUCACGGCCCUCAUCUGGGAGUACAUGCAGCAUUUCCCUUAUCACAUUCGUUACCGACUGUACGCCAAGUGGAAGAAUGUGUCCUAUGCUAAGAAUCCCCUUUUAAUGGUCACUAAAGCAGAAACUAUUCACACAUCGCGGUACAUCCUUAAGCGACUUACUAAAGAAAAUGUAAAGCCGUUUGGUCGGCAGAUAGGGAGGGUGGCCCACUGUAAUCCAGCUGUUAUAUUCGACCAGAUCCUCUUCCAGAUACAACGAUACGAUAAUCUUAUAAUACCUAUUGUUAAUGCUCUCAAGUAUCUAGGGUUGCUCAGUUUAGAUGUCUUAUCCUACUGUAUUAUUGAAGCUCUAUCGGAUCCAGAAAAAGCAAAACAGAAGGAAGAAGACACAAACAUCGCAUGGUGGUUUCAGGUACUGGCGACAUUCUGCGGUCACAUCUACAAAAAGUACAACAUUGAACUGUCUGGAUUACUUCAGUACAUCGUCAACCAGCUGAAAGCAAAUAAAAGCACCGAUCUUCUCAUUUUGAAAGAGGUAAUUCAGAGAAUGAGUGGUAUAGAGAUAUCAGAAGAGGUAACCGAAUCACAGUUAGAAGCAGUUUGCGGGGGUCCCGUGUUGUUGGCAGAGGCAGGAUUUUUCACCCCUAUCCGGCAUGCAGAGCGGAGUAAUCAGCGACUACAAGAAUCAUUGGGGUUGAACGAUAUCUGGUUACCGCUGUGUGUACUAGCCAGCCAACAGAGACAUUCCAUUGUUUUUGGAAAUGAGGAACGGCACAUUAAGCUGACUGCCCGACUGUACGACCAAUGCCAAGACACAUUCACGCAACUUGGACAGUUUCUCACCACAAACCCAACAAACAACCAGAGCCUGAAGACAUUACCCUCUUUUGAGGAACUGUCGACCAUGUACCAUCUCCAAGCAGACAGCGCUUUCUUCCUUCUCCGAACCAAGCUCAGUGAUCAGAUAAGGGUCGAGUGUGGAAGUAAGUGCUCCCCAGAUGAACCACAGCCCUACAUUGAUGCUUCAGAAAAAGUCAUAUCUCAACUCAGCGACCAGGUAAAGUUGUUGUAUCCUCCUAAAGUGUGGGACAAGAUUUCACCCCGACUAUUUGCCACAUUCUGGUCUCUGGCUUCACCCGACAUCAUCUUACCCUCAAAUAGAUAUACUGGUGAAAUUGCACGGAUAGAGGGCGCCAUAAAACAGGUAAACGAUAACGAAGACUUAGCUCAACGAAGGAAAGAUAAGGAGGUAGAACGACACAAGGAUUUGAUAAGCAAGCUAAAAGAAGAGCACAAGUCUCAGGAAGUCAACCACAAGUUGGUCUUGGCCCGGUUAGAGUCCGAGAAAGAUAUUUGGUUUGCGAGCACCAAUUCUACCAAAGUAGAUGCUAUUAUGCAGUUUCUGCAAGUGUGCAUAAUCCAGCGGUCCAUGUUCACAGCUAGUGACGCCAUAUACUGCGCCAAGUUUGUAGAGUUAUGUCACAAGAUGCAGGCUUCAAACUUUUCAACUCUCAUCUACUUUGAUAGGAUCUUCUCAGAUGUGUCCCACAUUGUCACUAACUGCACUGAUAAUGAGGCUAGCAGGUACGGAAGGUUCCUUUGUGAGACUCUUAAAGGAAUCUCAAGAUGGCACAAAGACAAGGCUCUUUACGAGAAGGAAUGUGGGAAAUCCCCCGGUUUCGUCCACAUCAUACGCGGAGACCCGAACAGCGACGGUGCUAAGAAAAUAGAAAAGUAUCUAGACUACGAAAAUUUCCGACAUGUGUGUUGCAAGUGGCACUUUAAGCUGACGAAGGCCAUGGUGUUCUGUUUCGACUCCAAGGACUACUCGCAGAUCAGGAACGGACUGACGGUCCAUAAGAUCCUCCCGGAGUUUCCUGUUGUGCUCAAUCUGGCGCAGGCGCUGGAGAAGCGCAUUCUGAAGGUGAAGGAGGAGGAGAAGACAGUGCGACCAGAUCUGUAUGCGCUUGCUAUGGGAUACUCUGCCCAGCUCAACUCUCGUCGUAAUACGUUCAUUGCUGAGGAGAAAUUCCAUCACGUGGAAAAGAAGAGCACAGAAAAUAGCGCGUCCCGCAACAGUUCACCCGCGCGUAAGGACAAACGAGCGGAUAGUGUGAAACGGAGGGAUGAGACGGAUUCGGAGAAGAAGCGGAGGAGGGAUGAUGAUUUGAAGAAGGAGGGAGAGAGGAAGAGCGCAGAGAAGAAGGUAAAGCAGGACGUCUCACCCAAGACAAAGGCUAAUGGUGUGAGGGAAAGAGACUCUGAAACUGAUGAGAAUAGGUCAAAAAUUAGGAAGAAGUAAAUCUGGCCUUACAGCUUGAAAUCAUACAAAUGACAAAAACCUUACAACUUUUAGUCCUGAUGAAUUAUACCACGGUAACUGCUUCUUUUGAAAG